AUAUAGUCUAUCAUCAUGGCGAGCACGGCGCAAACAUAUAAUUUUAAGGGUAUCACUACGAUACCUACGGCGACUGCGCUGUUGGACAUUGUGUUAUCGGAGACUCAGCGCCGUACUCCCACUGAAGUCCAUAAACAGUUCAAGAUAUCGCGUAUUCGGAAGUUUUAUAUGCGCAAGGUGAAGUAUGUGCAGCAAGCUUUCCGCGACCGCCUUCAGCGUAUUCUAAGUCAAUUACCUCAGUUGGAUGAUAUUCACCCAUUUUAUGGUGAUCUUUUCAAUGUUCUGUACGACCGUGAUCAUUACAAGCUUGCUUUGGGUCAUUGCAAUGCUGCUCGUCGUCACUUGGACAAAAUCGCAAAGGAGCAUGUGGGUCUUAUUAAGUUCGCCAUCUCCGCUUAUCGCUGUAAGAUGCUUAAGGUUGCGGGUUUAGGUCGUAUGGCUAAGGUAAUUAAAAAAUUAAAUGGUAGUUUGAAGUACUUGGAGGAUGUUCGUCAGCACAUGUCUCGUUUACCUUCUAUAAACCCUUAUACUCGUACCUUAUUGCUGACUGGUUACCCUAAUGUUGGCAAAUCCAGCUUUAUGAACCAGGUGAGCAAGGCUAACGUUGACGUUCAGCCUUACAGUUUCACAACUAAGAGUUUAUAUGUUGGCCACUUUGACCAUGACUAUUUACGUUGGCAGGUGAUCGACACUCCUGGUUUGCUUGACCAUCCUUUGGAGGAGCGCAACACCAUUGAGAUGACUGCAAUUACUGCGUUAGCUCACAUUCACUGUGCUGUUCUAUUUUUCAUUGACGUCAGCGAGUCCUGUGGAUACUCGAUAGCCCAGCAAGUGGCUUUGUUUGAUUCCAUCAGGCCGUUAUUCAAGGAUAAACCCACUUUGAUUGUUUUGAACAAGAUUGAUUUGGGUCCCUUUGACAUGGCUCAGAUGUCGUCCUUGGACGGUUUGCGUUGGGUAAAGGUUUCCGCACUGACCGGUGAGAAUGUUGACGAUGCCAAAAUUGCAGCAUGUCGACUAUUGCUUGAAUCUCGUUUAGAGAAGAAGUUAUUGCACGCUCCUCAGAGUGCAGUCAUGAAGCUUGCGUAUGUGACCAAUGUCGCUCCUAAUCCAGCUCGUCCUGCUACAGAGCGCCCUGAGAACGAUAGUGAAUACGAGACUGAGAAAUCACUGGAGGAUGCGGGUGGUGGUCCUGGUGUAUAUUCAGUUGACCAGAGGAAGCAUCACAUAUUAGCUGACGACUCUUGGCGCUACGAUGAAGUCCCUGAGAUAUACCGUGGGCGCAACGUUGUUGACUACGCUUACCCUGGUAAUGAGGAAACAUUACGUCUACUAGAAAAGGAGGAACAGGUCCUUUUGCGCAAGUUAGCUGAAGAUGACAUUGAUGACGAGUGGGAGGACCUGGUAAGCCGUGAGUCCAGGAUGCAUUCAAUAAUACGUCAACGUAAAUUUGAGCGUUCGUUGAAGUCCAAGAAGGGUGGUCCCGUAUUGAAUGAGACUAUCAAGCUGAAGAAAGUGCGUAGCGAUGCCAAGAAGCGGGUUAAAUUGCACCAGCGCGCUUCUCGUUUGGCUCCUAUGCCGAUUGACAGUAUUUCAGAUCGUCUGGAGAUGGCCAAGUUACACCAGCGUAGGGAUGAGGGUGUAUCUGUGCCAUUUAAGCGUCCUAAGGCACGUGUCAAGGUUCCCAAGGGUACAUUCAGCGAGCAUGACCGUACAAUCCCGGUUAAGCGCCCUAAGCACAUGCUUUCUGGGAAGCGCACAUUGGGGAAAACAUCCCGUCGUUGAAUUUUAUCUUUGAUGUUAUU